AUGGAUUUCGGAAACCUUGGAGGAACCUUCGGCAACGUUGGAAAGUCGCUUUCCAACUUCGGGGCCUCUGUCACCCCCUUUGCGUCGCGCACUUUCCAGUACACCAAGGAGCAGUUCGGCCAGACCGAGGACAAGACCCAGCUCCCUCCCGACUACAUCGACCUUGAGAAGCGUGUCGAUGCUCUCAAGCAAGCUCACCAGAAGAUGCUUGCUGUGACCUCGCAAUACUCCAACGAGGCCUACGACUACCCCCCUAACAUCAAGGAGACCUUCCAGGAUCUUGGCCGCACCGUCAGCGAAAAGGUCAGCCUUCUUUCCACCGCCACCUCUCCCGCCGAAGCCCAGGCCGCUCUCGUCGCUCCUCCUGCUGCCAAGCCCCAGCCCAAGACUUUCAGCCAUGCUGUCGCCCGUGCCAGUCUGUCUAGCAGCCAGCUGCUUCACCAGCACCACACCGGUGCUGGCGAAGACCCCCUUGCGACAGCCCUGGAGAAGUAUGCGCUUGCUAGCGAGCGUGUUGGCGAGGCCCGUCUUGCCCAGGACGCUGCGAUUCAGAGCAGAUUCCUCGCUGGUUGGAACACCACUCUCAACACUAACUUGAACUUUGCUACUCGCGCCCGCAAGAACGUUGAGAACUCUCGUCUCUCUCUGGAUGCUGUCAAAGCUCAUGCAAAGGGCACCACUUUCCGCAUUGGCGGCCACCAGGGCGACCAGGCUCACGAGGAGCCAGAGUUGAGCCCUGAGGCCCAGGAAGAAGUUGAGAAGGCCGAGGACGAGUUCGUCACCCAGACCGAGGAGGCUGUUGGUGUUAUGAAGAAUGUUCUUGAUACACCCGAGCCUCUGCGAAACCUUGCCGAGCUUGUCUCUGCUCAAAUUGAGUACCACAAGAAGGCAUAUGAGAUUCUCACUGAGCUCGCCCCCGUCAUUGAGGGUCUUCAGUCCGAACAAGAAGUGCGGCGCGCCUCUGCCUUUUGA